AUGGCUGAGACCCGGCGCCAUGGAUCGAUGAACACCUCAGAAAAGGAGGAGUGGCUUUACUACGGAUACGUCGCGUUAGUUCGGUUGAACGAGCUCGAUGACGACUGUCAAAUCUCUCCACCGUUUAACUGCGAAUGGAGUCAGAGAUGCACGACGAACACAUACGUGGCACUACCAACACCUGACAUGUUUUUGUAUGGUCGAGUCAAAAGCAACCGGAGCAAUUGCGUUAGCGGCCGCACUCGAGCUCGCGCUUUAGAGGAAACGAUCGCGAUCCAGGCGGGACCACCGCAGGCUCCAUCGCACCGCUUCGAGCGCAGCUGCUUGGACAACCACCACAGACUUCAGAUCAUUUUGAAUCGACUAUAUCACGUGGAAGACUUUCCACAGCGACUGUGA